AAUGUAUAAAUUACACCACAGCGGCGUGAAGAAGCCUCGACGUCCUCUGCCCCCCAUCACUGACGCCUGUGACUCUCCUACCAUGUUGUUGUCGUCGGGCCCCGUCUUCCUCCUGGCUCUUGCGCAUAUUUGCUCUGCCAAACUCCUCCGACGGUGGGACGAUGUCGCUGAGAAGCAUGCUUGGGUAGAGACUCCUAAGGGAUGGCAGUACAAGGCACCUGCCCCAGGCGGCCACCUUUUCGACAUGAAGAUUGGUUUGAAGCAGGACGGCAUCGACACCCUCAUUGCCAACCUGAUGGAAAUAAGUGAUCCAUCACAUGCGAGAUACGCCCAACAUCUGAGCAAGGAAGAAGUCGAGGCGUUUUCAGCCCCGCACCGUGACUCUGUCGAAGUUGUUGACGAAUGGCUUGCCCACCACGGCAUCGACGAAGCUGACCGCACCUCCGCCGGCGACUGGAUCACGGUCCGCGUCUCCGUCGAGCAAGCCGAGCGUCUGCUCAACACUGAGUACGGCGUCUACCAGCACGGGCCCUCAGGUGAGGAAGUUGUCAGAGCCAUGAGCUACUCUCUGCCCAAGGAACUGCAUUCGCACAUCGACGUCAUCGCCCCUACUACCUACUUCGGCACGCUCCGUAGCAUGCGGACGACCAGCUUCCUGCAGCCCGGCAUCAAGCCACUUUCCCUGGACAAAGUCGCUGCAGGCCUCACCCCUGCUGCCACGGUCCCAGCCAGCUGCUCCACGACGAUCACACCUGCGUGCUUGAGGGCUCUCUACAACACGAGUGAAUAUGUACCGAGUGCUACCAACGUCAACAAACUCGGAGUGGCCGGGUAUCUCAAAGAGUUCGCUAACAAGGCUGACCUCCAGACCUUCUUCAGACGAUUCCGAACAGACGCUGUCGGUUCUUCAUUCACUGUCACUCCCAUUAACGGAGGUUUGGAUGACCAGAGCGAUCCCGGAGUGGAGGCUAAUCUCGACAUUCAAUAUACCACCGGCAUGUCCUUCCCGACUCCGAACAUCUAUUAUAGCACUGGAGGAUCACCCCCUUUCAAGCCUGACUCUGAGACGCCGACCAACACGAAUGAACCAUAUCUUGAUUUCCUCAACUUCCUCCUUGCCCAAAGCACGAUCCCUCAAACUUUGACUACAUCAUAUGGAGACGACGAGCAAACGGUUCCGCUUGAUUAUGCCACGCGGGUUUGCAGCAUGUUCGCGGCGCUGGGUUCGCGCGGCACCACCGUCUUCUUUUCUAGCGGAGAUUUCGGCGUGGGUGGCGGCGACUGCAAGACAAACGAUGGAAAGGAAACCGUGUUAUUCCAACCUGCCUUCCCAGCUUGGUGCCCCUUUGUCACUGCGGUUGGUGCCACCAUCAGAGUCAACCCGGAAGUCGCAGUCAGCUUCUCAGGUGGUGGGUUUUCCAGAUACUUUGCACAGCCCUCCUACCAAGCCACUGCUGUUUCCACCUUCCUGACCGGACUCGGAACGAAGUUCAACGGGCUCUUCAGCAAAACCGGUCGGGCUUAUCCUGACGUGUCAGCGCAAGGCCAGGGGUUCCAAGUCGUGGUCGGCGGCCGGGUUUCCUCAGUCGGCGGUACUAGCGCCAGCUCGCCUACUGUGGCUGGAGUUUUCUCUCUCUUGAACGAUUUCCGCCUUUUCACCGGAAAACCCUCGUUGGGCUUCAUCAACCCUCUCAUCUAUUCUACCGCAGUCUCAGGCUUCACCGAUAUCACCUCGGGCUCAAACCCAGGGUGCGGUACGGCUGGAUUUACUGCUGGGAAGGGGUGGGAUCCGAUUACAGGCUUGGGCACUCCGAACUUCUUGGCCCUUCAGAAGCUGGUGUA